CCCAAAACCAAGCAUGAUUCAUUUCCCUGUAUCCCCGGGCCCCGGCACGGGUGUCAUCUUACACUCCUUAUAUAGCCUGGGAGCCGGGGAGAGCUGGCAGGACUCGGAGCCUGUCCUUCUUCCGCCUGCUGCCUUGGAUUGAUGACAUGGAGGAUUACAAAGUGACUUUGGAUGGACCGGCCCCUUGGGGCUUCCGACUGCAGGGAGGCAAGGACUUUAACAUGCCACUUUCCAUCUCCAGGCUGACUCCAGGGGGUAAAGCUGAGUUGGCUGGAGUGAACGUUGGCGACUGGUUGCUACAGAUCGAUGGUGAAAGCACCUCAAAUUUGACUCACAUUGAAGCCCAGAACAAGAUCCGAGCCAGCAGCAACAAACUAAGCCUAGCCCUGAGCAGAUUCUCCAUGGGACUGAGUAAUCAACCAAAGGGUGUGAUUACUGCUGAUAAUCAAGGCGUGAAGUAUAACUUUUCACCGAGUGCAUCUCUCAACAAAACCGCCCGGCCAUUUGGUGCUGGGACACCACCCCCAGACAACUCUCGGGCAGCUCAGGUUACCAAGCCAGUGACAUACAACCCCCCUCCACCAUCCUAUACCGACAGUUCGACACCCCAAGCCCAGCAGCAGAACGGGCAAGAGCGAAAGACUGUGUCUGGUAUCUUCUCUAGCCAAGAUUCCAUUGAUAGCCCAGCUCCUCCACCGCCUUCCUCUGGACCUGCAGUUCGCCCUCCUUGGACCACAGAUCCUUCUUUUGCUGAGCGUUAUGCACCUGAUAAAACUACUACUGUAAUGACUAAACAUAGUCAGCCAGCAACCCCCACUCCUGCCCAAAACCGCAGUUCCAUCCUGCAGGCAGCUCAACCCACCUCCACUGGUGAUAAGACUCCUGUCUGUUCACAGUGCAAAAAGGUUAUCCGAGGCCGAUAUCUUUUGGCACUAGGACGUUACUACCACCCUGAAGAAUUUACUUGUUCCCAGUGUCAUAAAGUACUUGAGGAAGGAGGAUUUUUUGAGGAGAAAGGAUCUAUAUUUUGCCCACGCUGCUAUGAUGUCCGGUUUGCGCCCAACUGUGGCAAGUGUAAAAAGAAGAUUACAGGGGAGAUUAUGCAUGCUCUGAAGAUGACUUGGCAUGUUCAGUGUUUCACCUGUGAAUUUUGUAAGACCCCUAUUCGCAAUCGCGCCUUUUACAUGGAAGAAGGACAGCCGUAUUGUGAAAAAGAUUAUGAGAAGAUGUUUGGUACCAAGUGUCGUGGCUGUGAUUUUAAAAUUGACGCUGGUGACCGUUUCUUGGAAGCUCUAGGGUUCAGCUGGCAUGACACCUGCUUCGUCUGUGCGAUAUGUCAGACUAAUUUGGAAGGCAAGACAUUCUAUUCCAAGAAAGACAAACCUCUUUGCAAGACCCAUGCCUUCUCCAACGUGUGAUCAAUGGCCCACGUGCACAUUCACAGUCUCACAGACAUGCACACCUCAUACACACUACAGCUGCCUGCAUGCAGUAAGGAUACAAAGGAGCCACUAUAUAUAUACAUCAGCUUUGUCUCCAGCACUACAAGUGAAGAAAAUGCCGGAAAGAAAUAUAUAAUCGUGCAGUUACAUUUCAGCUUCCUACUAAAGUCUUACUGUUUUAUAAUGUUAGGUGCUAAUUGGCCAUCCAAUAUGUGAGACAUUAGCCAUGUGUUUUAUAUGUCUGAUCUGUUAUGUUUAGGAUUGGCAGUGGUCAAACACAGAAAAAAAUAUAUAGGGAAUCUUUGCUGAAAAAAAAUGUUUAUAAGUCAUUAAAUAUGCCUUUGAAUCAAGAAAAAGUGCUUUUACCAGUGUUAGACUGGCACACCCUCCGGUGGGUCAAGGUCUACACAACCUAUGAGUCCUGAUGGUUUGGGCUCUGUGUGAGUCUGGACAUGCACAUAUUCCUGUAAAGCUGUAGGAUGGGCGCCUCUAGGAAUCAUUUUCUCUUGUGUACUACACUGGGGUGCGCUUAUAAAUUGGACACUUCAGUCACUUGGAAAAAUAUGCAUCCCUUAUGAGUUACACUGUAUUCCUUUCAUAAUUCAGUAUUUUGAAGAAAGAAGUUUAAGGCUCUUGAGCUUAGACAUAUUCUGUAAUGUAAAGCAUGAGAGGCAGGUAAUAGAGGCAAGAGGAAGGGAGCACAUGGCCAAUGGUAGAAAAGUUUACAAGAGAUAUCCAGUUAGUUUACAAAUGAUGGGCUAAGCAAUAUGAUGAUGAGGGGGACAUUGCAGAGGGAAAGUUUACAUGGGACACCGUUUACAACACUUUACCUUAUUGUGUAUAGAAGUAUAAUGUGAUGUACAUUAUAUAGAGAGGAUUUCUGUUACAGUUUUAGAACUUCAGGCAGAAUUGUAGCUAGAAUUAACACAUUCGUUAAAUAUGAAUAGAAUGAGCAUUCUCUACAAAUCAUUAUAUAACAUUAAUAGAGACUUUGCAUAUCUCCUAACAGACUCUAUUAGUUCAGAUGCACUGUGCACAGGAUUCAGCCAUAUUCUAAAAAUGCAUUACUAAUGGGGGUGAAACAUUACAACUGCAAGUAUGACUUUUAUAGGACUUAUAAUAAUGUAGAUGUUCUUAAUGCCCCUAUUUUAGCUAUCCUAUAUGCUGAUUUGGAUAAUAGAGACCAGGCUGAAAUAAUCUAAUAUGGUGAAUCCUCAUGUGAGCGGUCAAGCCUCCAUAGGUUAUGAUAAGUGUUCUAAAUAUCAGAAUUGGCAGAUCGCUGAUAGUCAAAGAUUUCUUGCUUUAUACUGAUUUCAUGUACUUUUAGUUCAAG